GAAGCCAAAUUUCGAUUAGUCCCACUGAUGGGAUGGUUCGCAGGGCAGAACGAAAACACUCACCCGAGUGGGGCACAGAAGGCCAACAGAUAGGUGAUGAGACUCUGGAUGUAGAAUUUACAUCAGAGAAUGAGAGACACUUGUCGAACGAAGAUUGCGCUGCUGCUGUCUGGAAUCUUGCUUGGAAAGCACUUGAGAUCAUUGUCCAUCCAGCCAACAAGCCCACAAAGUUCUUCAAUCCCAAUUUGAAACUUCCCAGGAUGGAAAAGGCAGCAGAAAGACUGGGAAAUGAAUGGAAUGGCCUGAAAGAUUACCAACUGGAAGGCAUAGGUCUUCUAGCCGCAAGUGAGGCUGGAGAGAGAGGCACCGCUACGGGAACGGCGCUUUAUAAUGUCAUGGGUUUGGGAAAGACCCUACAGAUAACUGCUUUGUUAGAACUAACCAGAAGACGUCCCGUUCUUAUCAUCGGGCCAGCUCUGGCCUUGGAAACGUGGAAAGAGGAGUUCCACAAAUGGCAAUCACCAGUGCCGAAGAUCUGUCACUUUCAUGGUAAAGAACUGGCCCAGCAAAACGCGAACGAUCUUGCGAGGUUUGACGUGGUAUUGACUUCAUAUACGCAUGUGGCGAAGGAAUUUAACUCGCUAGAGAGUUGGAUGCUCGACAUGAAGUAUCGUCGACAUUGUCCCUUUCCGUAUCAUCCAAGCAGGAUCAUCAAAUCAAGCAGGACUUCGUUCAAUGCCAGACGCUAUCAUUUAUUAGACCAAAAUUCCCACUUUCGAUGUCGAUUGGUCGCAGAUAAUCCUUGACGAAGCCCAAAAUAUCAAGAAUAAGAAGGGAAAAUAUCUCCAAGCCUGUUGUGCUUUAAAAGGCGACUCAAAAAUCGUGAUUACAGGAACACCGAUUUUGAACGCCUACACGGACAUAUUCUCCUACGCUUAUUUUCUCAAUUUCAAGCCCUUGAAUCAAUCUACAUAGUUCAAAAGCCA